GGGCAAGUGUUACAGUACUUAUACUAGAAAUGGAAAUUGCCUCAGUUUCGCAAACUGCCGUAAAUAGGCGCAUAGCAUUCGACAAAGACCUACUAACGUAGCCAGGAUGAUCACAGGAGUGACAGGACACAUACAAUAUACCUGAGUCUCGUUGACAGUUUUCGUUUCCACAUUAAUCCAACUCGGUGCUGCAUGGAGCUGGUGCGCAGGUGCAUUUUUUCCAACGGCACAUUAUGCCACAAUUGGCUACUCAGUGAUUUACACGGCGGUUGCUGAAAAAGCGCUCUGGCCAAACAAGCGGUUACCGGUCGGCGGUAGUACGGUACUGCCUCACAUAGAGUCACCUAUAAAAAAAACGUUGCUACUAGGAUGUUGCUAACUUGUUUUCUUCUGACGUGUCUUACUUGUUGAGAUGCCUUCCAAAACAAGAGCAUUGUUCGAGCUCACCAGGCUCCACUGGUUCCCAGUAGGGUGCGACUUCAUGUUUUGGCCCUUCGGUUGGGCCUUCCUGUCGGCAGCCUAUCGUCUGGCGUUACCGCUGAAUGAAGUUAUUAAGACUACUUUAUUUUUUGCAUUGCUGGGCAUACUGGUGCAUAGCGCAGGCUGUGUCAUAAAUGACAUGCUUGACCGCGAUCUCGAUCGCAAGGUCGAACGCUCACAAGGCAGACCGAUCGCAUCAGGAGUUGUCACUAGGACAGAGGCUUCAGUACUUCUGGUUGUUCUCGUUGCCGCCCUCUUCUACUUGUUUUCAACUUGUGGCACCAAAGCUUUCACACUCGGUGUUGUUGCACUCCCCAUUUGUAUCACGACGUAUCCGCUGAUGAAGCGUUGGAUGAACUGGCCAUCUUUAUUCCUCGGCUUUUCUUCUAGCUGGGCUGUCCCAGGAACGUGGGUUGCAACGACUGGUCAUUAUAAUUGGGGUAUAAUCCUGAACAUAGCAAUUGCAUCGUGCUGUUGGAAUUGUAUCUACGACACCAUUUAUGCAUGCCAGGACAAGAAGGAUGACGAGAAGGCUGGAGUCAAAUCCAUGGCAGUCCAUCUGGGCAGAGCCAUUCGUCCGGUAUUGACUUUAUUUGAUGCGACCUUCUUUGUGUGUCUUUUGUGGGCUGGUUACUUGAACGACCAGGGCCUUCCAUUCUAUUUGAUGAGUGUCCUUGCCCCGUUCCUUCUGUGUCUCUGGCACAUAUGGUCUUUUGAUCAUAAUGAUCCCCGAGACUGCUGGAAAUUUUUCACAGCAGGUCGCCACGGUGGGGCGAUGGUCUGCGUCGGAUUGAUCGUCGAUCUCUAUUUCAAACCCUCAUCACCCGCCGGUGGAAAAUACAAUUUCAUUCAUUUUUUUCGAGCUCUUUGAAAUUUCCGAGUCAAUCUGGUCAGGGGGUCCGUUUCGAAACUUGCAGCAUAAAUACAAAUUGUCCCGUAGAGCCGGAAAGUUUGAUGAAUGUUCGUUUGAUAGUUAAGUCGGAGUAAGCUCCCCGCGUGUGGUCUUCGACCUCAAAGG